GUCUUGAAACUAAAUCUUUUAUACCUACCUUUGGCUCAGAAGUUGGUAAAUUUAUCCACUUCUACGUCGGUAUGAAAUUGCACCUCUCGUUUGUCUGGAGGUGCAAAUGGUUACAAGUCGUAUAUCCGGUGACAAGCAUGUCAACUUCGAUAUAAUGUCAGAGGGGAAUCAUGGAUGUAUUAUCAAUGAACUUGGAUUCAAAUCUGAACAGUGCAUUUGUUGGGAUGCCAUUGACCUACAGAAGAAAUGAUUCUCUCUUAAGUAGAAGCUGCAGAAAACAAAUUUGAGUUACAGUCUCAAAUGACAGAAAUCAACAGAAAUCAACAUCUGUUUGAGCAUGAAGCACAAUGUGUGCAUGGUAUCAGAUUUCUUCUACCCGAACAUGGGAGGGGUGGAGAGUCACAUAUACCAACUCUCCCAGUGUCUCUUAGCCAGAGGUCACAAGGUCAUCAUCAUCACCCAUUUCUAUGGUGACAGACGAGGUGUGCGCUACCUCACCAAUGGCCUUAAAGUAUACUACCUGCCAUUUGUGACAAUGUAUAACCAGUGCAUCCUGCCCACCAUCUUUACAACAUUCCCACUUCUCAGGAAUAUUUUUAUACGAGAAAGCAUCUCUAUUGUACAUGGCCAUUCCGCCUUCUCCACCUUGGCCCAUGAAGCCAUGUUUCAUGCACGUACCAUGGGACUCAAGGCCAUUUUCACAGACCAUUCUUUGUUUGGGUUUGCCGAUGCCAGUUCCAUCCUCACCAACAAGGUUCUCAAGUUUUCAUUGGCUGAUUGCAGUCAUGUGAUAUGUGUAUCUCAUACAAGCAAGGAGAAUACAGUGCUUAGAGCCUCCAUUGCUCCAGACAAAGUGUCAGUAAUCCCCAAUGCUGUAGACGCAGCUAUGUUUACACCAGAUCCUAGUAAGAGACAUGCUGGCAAAGUGACCAUAGUGGUGGUCAGUCGUCUUGUGUACAGGAAAGGAAUGGACCUACUGGCCGGAAUCAUCCCAGAGCUCUGUCUUAAACACCCAGACGUCCAGUUUAUUAUUGGUGGGAAUGGUCCAAAGAGGAUUCUCCUGGAGGAAGUAAGGGAGAAAUAUGAGCUACAUGACAGAGUUCAUCUCCUAGGCAGCCUGGAACACAGUAAAGUACAAGAGGUUUUAGUGCAGGGCGAUAUAUUUCUCAACACGUCAUUGACGGAAGCUUUUUGUAUUGCAAUUGUGGAAGGGGCUUGUUGUGGCUUACAGGUGGUGAGCACUAAGGUGGGUGGUAUACCAGAGGUCCUCCCCCCAGGGGCAAUCUUUCUGGCUGAGCCCAGCGUCUCCUGCCUUGUUGUCGAGCUGGAGAAGGCUAUAGUGAAAUGUCGUGAGGGAAGUGUAGACCCUUACGCUACACACAUGGCUGUGAGAGACUUGUACACCUGGCAGGAUGUCGCCCGCAGGACAGAGCUUGUAUAUGAUGCUGUGAUGACCACCCCUUCCCCAGAUCUGCAGGAAAGAAUCUCCACGUAUUAUGGCUGUGGUCCUUUGGCAGGAAAACUGUUUGUGAUAGCGGUCAUGUUGAAUUGUUUUGUCUUACUGCUACUACAGUGGAUGUUCCCCUCAGAGGGCUUUGAGAGGGCUCCAGAAUUCCCCCGAAAAUCAGUAGAACAGGGACUUCCCCAUGUCAUAGAACCAAAUGGACGUGUACGGAAACGGUUAAAAAGGAAAGCUCACAAAGCUCAUUUCUCUUGACAAAGGCUGAAUUUAGCUGAAGUACUGUGUAAAGACAUUGACAAUUAUCUUAUGGACUAUGCAAUGUUUUUACAAUGGUCACUUGUGUUAUUUCCAGUAGCAGAAAUACUUUUAUAUCGUACACUGUUUUUUACCUUUUUAUACCAUGUAACAUGUGUUUACGAAUGAAAUCAUGGAGAUUAUUUACUGAGUAUCAACCAGAUUCCCUCAAACUAUAAACAAAUCAAAUCAAUCAGUAAUAUUUUAACA